GUCUUUCUUUUAGAUCUUGUCACUAACUCAGCUACAAGUCUUAUCUCUCUACAGUGGAAUUGAAUCCGACCAUAGCUAAAUGGAAGAAGACAUGACCAGAAUUGCCAAAGAUGCUACUGAGCUAAUAGGAAAUACUCCAAUGGUGUAUCUGAACAACGUUGUAGAUGGGUGUGUGGCAAAUAUUGCUGCCAAGUUAGAGAUGAUGGAACCAUGUUCAAGUGUCAAAGACAGGCUUGGAUAUGCACUGAUCAAAGAUGCAGAAGAUAAGGGUCUUAUUACUCCUGGAAAGUCGGUUCUGGUAGAGGUUAGCAGUGGUAAUACUGGCAUCGGUCUGGCAUUUGUUGCAGCUGUGAAGGGCUACAAACUAAUUGUUGUAAUGCCCGAUAGCUACAGCAUUGAGAGAAGGAUAAUUCUCCUAGCAUUUGGAGUAGAUUUGUAUCUUUCUGAUAGAACCAAGGGAAUUGAAGGCAUCUUCAAGAAGGCCAAUGAGAUUAUUGAAAGAACGCCUAAUGCUUAUUUCCUUAACCAAUUUGAAAAUCUCGCCAAUCCAAAGGUUCAUUAUGAAACAACCGGUCCAGAGAUUUGGAACGGUUCUAAGGAGAAAGUGGACAUUUUGGUGGCUGGAAUUGGGACUGGAGGCACGGUUACUGGUGCAGGAAGGUUCUUAAAAGAGAAGAAUCCAGAUAUAAAGGUUUAUGGCGUGGAACCAGAAGAAAGCGCGGUUCUGAAUGGAAGACAACCAGGUUCACACAAGAUACAAGGAAUUGGUGCUGGUAUGAUCCCUCCUGUGUUAGACCAAACUAUUCUUGAUGAAGUUAUUACAAUAUCUGGUGAAGAAGCCAUUGAAACUGCCAAACUUCUUGCACUAAAGGAGGGAUUACUGGUUGGAAUUUCGUCGGGGGCGGCUGCUGCUGCUGCAAUAAAGAUUGCGAAACGACCUGAAAAUGCUGGCAAACUUAUUGUUGUUGUAUUCCCCAGCUUCGGAGAGCGUUACCUGUCAACUGAUUUAUUCGAUUCCCUUCGACACGAGGCAGAGGGCAUGAAUUUCGAGUGACGAAAUUGGCCAAUGUUGUUGUAUGCAAGUGAUAUUGAAAUUUGAAAGUUAUAUGGAAAUAAUGUGAGAUAUUUUAUCAAAUAAACAAAAAGAUUGAACUUGGGAUUAAAUGAAUAAACUGAUAUUUGUAUUUAAUAUUUAAAUUUGUCAUAACAAAAUUUCUAUUAAUGGA